CUGUAAACGAGGAUAGAAGAUUCUGAUAUACGUAAACGCAAACAAGGAGAAAUCGCUCUCUCCCGAAUGUGUGGAUAAAUAUCACGCCUAUUUUUAUUUAGUAAAUUGAUUUCGGAUUUAAUUUACUGUUACAGUUCGACAGCAAUAUGUAAAUCGGGGCGAAUAACGCGUGUUUAGUUAGUGUUGAUAGUGUUAAAAUUCGAGUGCAGUUAGAAACGUAAACAUGGCUACUAGUCUACAUAUUUUUUAUGCUUACUACUUAGGGCAAUGAAUGUAAUUAUCUGCAAAGAAUAUUGGAUUUACAUUAUGACAUCCAAUAUACUUAUAGGACACUCAGAGGAGUGCGGCCGUUUUGCAGGCAUCUGUCUGCAUAAGUGAUGAACCUAUUUGGUUGUCUCUUCCCGUGUGCACUGCAGCACAGCUGGUGGAGUGUAGGCAGUGAGCAGUGCAUGACUGAAGAAUUUGUUAGCAGAAUGGGUGCAAAUGCUUCGUCUACUACUGGAGACUCCGGAGGACUGCAUGGUAUGGGGCUGAACGACUCCUCGAUAUCUGGAUACCGUGAUUCGAUGGGUGUGAUCGUUAGGGAAAGAAAAAAGAAGGUGGCAGGAUUAGCAACACUAAAAAAGAAAUUUAUUAGGCGGAGACGUUCAUCGAAAGCGUGUGAUCAUGGUCGCAUGCUUCGUGAGUUAGUUUCGGAUUGGAGUCCGUUAGAAAUAGCGGCGUUGUUAGAAGAAUAUGAAGCUUUAGCGGCCUUGAAAGAUUUAUGUGUGCAGGCCGAAUUAGCGAGGCCACCCGCGGCGACCUUCAAACAAGACUUAUCCGCCCUGUACGAUUUUAAGUAUUGCACGGACGCUGACCUAGUUUAUCGCGGGGCGUGUUUUCCCAUACAUCGCGCUUUAUUAUCGUCUAGGUGUCCGUACUUUCGGGAUUUGCUGGCGGGCUGUCCGGGAUACGGCGCUAGGAUUUGUCUCGAACUGAGAACGACGACAGUCGAUGUACAGUUAUUUUCCGCUUUGUUACGUUAUCUCUAUACGGGUGAUAUAUGCCCCCAUGAUACAAAUAUAGAUUUAAAUUUGCUUAGACGCUUACGUGAAGAGUUUGGAACACCUAACGCUUUAGAAACAGAUCUGCGAUAUUUAUUAGAAACCGGCGACUACGCCGAUGCCGCUCUUGUGUUCACAUCAGAUGGUUCAGACUGCCAAAGACCGGAUUCGGGAAGUUCGGAAUACGGAUUUAGACCUAAGUUAGAACUGCCGUGCCAUAAAGCAAUUUUAUCGGCGAGAUCUCCUUUCUUUCGCAACUUGCUUCAAAGGAGAUCUCGUACAGGUGAAGAACAUACCGAAAGAGCUCUGCAUAUCAUUACGAGAAUUGUUUUGGAUGAAACUGUGAUACCAAAACGAUAUGCGAGAGUACUCCUUAACGCCAUUUAUUUGGAUCAAGUCGACCUAUCGCUUAUAUCAAGAGGGGGAUGUGGCGGAGGCCUCGGUGAGGCGCAAGCUUUAGCUCAUACGGGACGAGCUAGACCUUCGCCUCUCGAGGAAGCAAUGGAAUUGUACCAAAUUGGCAGAUUUUUGGAGUUGGAUAUACUGUCUCAAGGCUGUGAAGAUCUCAUUCUUGAAUGGUUGUCAUUGGAAACUUUAUCUGUGGUAUUGCAGUGGUCCCAUCAACCUCACGGUUCCGCAUGGGUUCAUCGACAAGCGCUGCACUUCCUACGUGAAGAAUUCCAAGCGGUCACGCAAUCGUCCGUACUUCAUCAGUUGGACAAAGUGCAGUUGAGCCAGGCACUAAAGAAUCCCUUUCUACAGGCGAGCGAAUUGGAAGUGCUGCACGCCGUUCUGAAAUGGGGCGAGCACGAAUUGAUUAGAAGAAUGGAAGAUCGAGAACCGAACUUGUUAAAUCAUACGGCUCACUCGGUGACGCGUAAAGGUGUGAAAAAGAGAGAUUUGAGUGACGUUGAAUUGCGGGAAAUACUUUCCGAUUUGCUCCCUCUGGUGCAUAUUGAUCAUGUGUUGCCUCCAAAUAGUGAUAUAUUAAAUCAGGCUAUUCGGCGGGGUUUAGUUAGCACUCCUCCCAGCCAUAUGAUUGGAGGGGAUGAGAAUUUGCGCGUUAACGCCUGGAUUCGGGGAGGUAAAAAUAAUGGACUGUUUGUGAGGCCGAGACUGUUUAUGCCAUAUUAUGAGGAAAUAAAGGUGUUAGUGGAAGAUCAGUUGGUAGAGGAGGUCGAGCUGUUACGAAUGCGAAGGGCGCGAUACAUGCAAGACAUUCCCGAUACGUUGUACAUGGUGGAGGACAAACCGAGGGUGCACGGAGCUGCAGGAGUCGAUGUUCUGGCCGCGGCUUUACCCGUACCGGACCCCGUGAUAAUGAAGGCCAUGUUGAAGAGAGAGCAGAAGUUGCGUCAAUCUCCCAGUUGUCAACGCGCCAUAAAUAUGCCGUUAUCGUCUCGUCACGAGAUAAAUAGACAAAUCAGACUUAGGGUUGUACGUGAGUUUAAUUUACCUGAUCCUGUCGCCGAUAUGUUAGAGAGUUGUUUUUGUGUUCCCGAUCCUGGUGAUAAUGAUAUUAAGAAUGUUAACGAGGAUGUGUUAGUGCAACCUUCUCCGAAUAAGAUCGCAGGUGGCUCCAGAGGAGGAUACGGGCGAAAUAUGACAUUUCCCCGUCAGGGAAAUUUUCCACACCGUCACGAGCUACCGGCCGUCGUACCUGAGGGAGACUUUCGUUUUCAAAAUGAACCCGAAAGCAGUUCGUGCAGCGAUGGGCAUCUCUCUGAUAUUAUGCCAGACGUAGCAAUGGCAACGGCAAGUAUAGGACAGCUUCAAUUGCAGGAGCAGCAGGAGAUGGAGUUAGACUUAGGUGACGGUGCCACACACAUUCACAGCUCGAUAGCAAAUAAUCAAGGACUUCCUAACCCUCUACAUCACCCGUUGGGUUAUCACAGGUAUGCGCCUAGUACGUACCCUCAUCAUCGAUCUGAUUCACAAACCUAUCAUGCACACAUGCCACGUUUUUUAUAGUUUUAAAUGAGUUUAAUGAUCUUAACAUGUCUGUAUAGUUUCAUAGCUAUUAGAUUGUUAAAGGAAUAACGUACAGCUGUGAUUUUUAAGGUUUAAGAACCCUUAAAAAUUCUAAUUUUAGUAUUUCCCGUAUUUCUUAACUCUUGUUAUAUUGUUGUUUUUAUUAAAUCUGUGAACUUGUUUAGUAGAAUAUUCCAUUUGUUUCUUUAAAAAUAUUACGUUAUUAAUGUCUAUUGAUGAGUGAUCAUAUGCAUAAUUCAUGUACCUGUAUGUGUGUUUAAGCAUUUUUGUACAUAUAUUUAUAUAUUUAAAAGGAAAAACUCGGAAUGAAUGGUGGUGGACGGUGGGCUUAAGAAAACAGCCAAACAACAGCCAGACUAAAAAAUACUCAGUAUUUAUUUUUCGUAUUUAAACGAUUAGUUUUUAUUUAUUAUUAUUAAUUAGGUUUACCACGUUUUGAGAUUGCUCGUGUAGUCCUUUUCAAAAGGCAGCACAAAAGUCAUAAAGUACAGCGCAUUCAACCUAUGAAAUUUGGUUCCUUUAGUCGAAUAUCUUAGUUAUUUGGAAACGGGUGUAACACUCGAAAAUGUAAUUAUUAAAAAAUAGAUUUUAUUUUAGUAAUUUGUCUACUGUAUUAAACUGAACAUUCGAUACAUAAUUUGUUGGUAGCGUCCGACUGAAGAACCUAUUAAAAACAAUUUCGGUGUUUUACUUGUCGUAACACAGAAUCAUUAAUGCGGAUGCACCACUAUGGAAUUCAGCAAUGUUUUAAUUUCUUUACUACACAAAAUAUGCUUAUUCUUGUAUACUGAGAACGAUGUCGAUUGCUUGGCUAUUUUCAGUCGAUUUUUGAUAAUUGAACAUCACCAAUUUAAUUUCUCAGUUUCAUUUAACAUGUGGUCGAUUUACGCAUAUGCAUAAAAUUGUGUGCCAAAUUUCUGCCCGGUACGUAUAGGGACCAUAUACAGUGCCAAGAAUCUAAAAACCUUUUAAAUCGUCUUAUCCUAUAUUUUUUAUUUAAGACAGGGUAAUUUUGAAGUGCAACUACACGUUCCAAAGUGGUGUAUUCGUAAAGAAAACGUUAUAUAUGUUGAAAUAAUAGUCUGACUGUUCGGAUACGCUGUUAACGCUUUAUUCAGAAAUUGAAUUUCUCUAAAAGUGAAGGUGUACUUAAAUAUGCAGAAUGCUAGUGCAAAAUUGAGCAUUCCAAUUAUGUAACAACGAAAGUUAUAUUUUACUAAGUGCAGUUGAAUAUCUAUUACUAGUACCUACUAAAUUGUACUGUACAAUAAUUCUUUAUUGUAUUAGCUUAGAUAUGUUGGUGGCAACUGUUCUUAAUUUGGAAAUAUCCAAAAAUGUGUAAAUACUUAAAUAGUAUCGAAUAGAGAAUCAUCUUGGAGGACCAUACUGAACUAUGAGUUCAUAAAAUAUUUAUUAAACAGUUUUAAGUUAUACUCUUUAUUUUCUUAUUAAACAUAUGUAUGUAUUCCUAUUUAUUUAAUCUGUGAUAAGUUUUCCUGGUUCUCAUAUUUAGUACUACUACAGAUGAACUUACUUACAAAGGUGUGUAUGGUGUUUCACAUUUCGACAGAUAUUCAAAUAAAGGAAAAACCACAGAUGGCCAUUUUGUGAUAUGUAGAUGUUGUAAUUUCGAUAUUGUUAUACAUACGUGUUAGUGUAGAAAGUUUCACGUUACUCCAAAAUUUCGUUUAAAAUUUGUACAGAAAUCUAAUUUUUCCUGAAUACAUAAAACCAGCUCUUUUUUACCGUAUAUACGUAUACGAAAAGUCUGUGGAAUUAGCGACAUUCUAAGCCGAAAAUAAAAAAUCGUUAAAUAAGAAAUGUAUAAGGAAAAAAACCUUUCAGUACUAGGCAGUCUUUGUUUCUAUUAUAACCUUCCAUUCGUGAAAAGAUUUUAUCCAUUUUUUCUUCCUCUGCAAACUAUUGAAUAUAAACUGUAUAUAAUAUAAAUACAUAUAAUAUAUAUUAUAUAGAAUAAACUGUAUGAAUAUUU